GGCCACGCGUCUGCCGUCUUUUCUGGCCACUAGUCUGCCGUCUUUAUAGGCCACUGCCGUUUAUUGACCACUGUCGUCUUUAUUGACCGCUGCCGUUUAUUGGCCACUGCCGUCUUUACUCGGCCACUGCCGUUUAUUGGCCACUGCCGUCUUUACUGGGCCUACGUGCCGUUUAUUGGCCACUGCCGUCUUUACUCGGCCACUGCCGUUUAUUGGCCACUGCCGUUUAUUGGCCACUGUCGUCUUUAUUGACCGCUGCCGUUUAUUGGCCACUGUCGUCUUUAUUGACCACUGCCGUUUAUUGACCACUGUCGUCUUUCUCCCCAGUUGCCAAAUGGCCGACAUCAUCCAGGCCCUCCACCGCAGCGAGGCGCUGCAGCUGGAAAACCUCAUUGCCUUGCUCGGCGUCGUCAAAGGCCUGAAAAUCGCGGGCCCCGAGAGCCAGAUCCCGUCGUUGGUGCGCGGCUUGUGCACCAGCAACCAGAAACUCCUCCAGAUGACCGGCGCCGCCCCGCCGGCAGACGCGCCGGACGCGGACCACGUCAAGCUGGUGGUCAACGACUUCCUCGUGUGGUUCGACGGCAACUUCGUCGUGUUCGAGAAGCUCCUCCAGUGCCUCUCCGCCAAACAUAUAACCCAGGGCACGCUCUACCAGCAGCCGGUGCUCCACAGCCAGAGCUACGUGGACUUUGCGCGGUCCAUGGCGCGCGUGUUGCGCAACCCGUUCAUCCUCGACAAGUUGGCGCAGGUCCAGGCGCGGGCGUCGGCCGUCAUUGCCCGCACCGGCGACAUGGUCCGCCAGGCCCGGCUCAGCGACAUCAGCUUCGACCACGUGCAGACGUUCGCCGGCCGCAGCGUGUCGUGCUUCUUCACGCCCGCCCAGAUCGUGCGCCGCUCGGAGGACGCGCCGCUCUUCUUGGGCGAGUGGCGCGUGGAGAUGUUGUUGUUGAAGUUGGGCCUGCAAACGCAGCCGCGCUUCGACGCCUGGGCCGUGUUGAACGUGCCGGCGCCGGCGGCCCGGCGCUCCGUCGUGUACCCGCCGUUCCGGGUCAACGAGUUGGCCGUGGCGCUGGCGGGCGACUCGCUCCGCUUCUCCUCGCUCUCGCUCGACUUGGCUCCGAGCAACCACAGGUUCGCCAUCUCCGGCCCGCCGGCCCUCCUCGACCUGUGGUUCCGCGACCUCCGUGCCAUCUUCCCCACCUCCGACAAACUCCUCCACAGCAGCGCCGUGCAGCUGCUCGGCCUCGGCAUCCACACCGUGCUGGUCCCGAGCGACGACGGCUCGCGGCUGCUGCCCUGCUCGACGCCCGAGUCGGAGGGGUUGCUGCCAGGCGCCCGGCGCUCGCUCGACUCGGGCCACUCGAUGGAAAUCAUGAAGAAAACGCUCUCCAGCAGCGGCAUGGAGCCCGAGCUCAAGGAGCGCCAGCUCACGGUGGUCCAGGACCCGAAGCCGCACUAUUCCAUCGAGGCCGAGUACGCGUAUCCGGAGGACGCGGACGCGCAGGGCUCGGCGGACGACGACAGCGUCGACUGCUUCGACGUGGUGACCUCUGUGCCGCAGAAUCACGGCCUGGAAUUGCAGAAUCACGGCCUCAACAUGCUCAAGCAUGCCGCGGCGUCCAUGCCCGACGUUUCGGCGGCGACUGCGCCGUCCAUAUACAUCAACGCAGCAGGCUCUGCCAUCGAUGUCGACAACUUCGGCAAGUCGCACAACCCCUCGUUUGCCAGCUUGCCUGCGGCCGAGAAGAAAGCCCAGCGGAAGUCUUUCCUCGACUUGUUUCGGAAGAGGCGGAAGGAGAAGGCGGCGUCAAGCAGCCCCUCCGAGGCCUCGGAGGGACCCUCUUUGAACACUGCAGCAGUUGCGGCGGAGCCACCAGUAUCCAUGCCCGCGGCCCCACACACUGCGGCUUCCAGCGACGCGUCUGCUUCUGCCAACGACAUGGGCUUGGCGAAAAAGCCCGCGCCUGCCCCGAUGAAGCGCCCCGCGGACCUCCAGAUCCAGAUCCCCAAAAUCAGCGACCCGGGAGCCGCCUCGAGCCAGCCGGGGAGCGCCACGUCCGCGUCCAACCGCACCUUGCCCCUGCCGUUCGCCUUGCCCUCGUCGACAUCCACGUAUUUUUUCAAGCCACACUUGAAUGCGGCGGCGGGCGCCAACGGGUCGACCACCAGCUUGCCCGGGGUCAUUGACGAAAAGCCCUACGAGAUCCCGCAAGACUUCAAGGACAUCGUCAACGCCGCCGACUCGCUUGAUUUCUACAUCACGCCAGUCUCCCCCAACUCGAUCAAGGUGUCGAAGUGGAAGCCGCGCCACGGCAAGUGGGAGAUGUUGACCUCCAACGAGAACGUGUUCUUGAAGAUCGUGGCCAACUACAACAUCUACAAGAGCUGGCUAUUGGUGUUCAAAGAGGAGUACGAUGAGGAGUACGGCGAGGUCAUUGACAAGCCGCUUUUGGUGCUAGACCUUGACGAGAACACCAGUGCCCGGCUGUCCACGGCACUCGACAUCGAGAUCCAUGCGACUGACGCCUUCAGCAAGCAGAAAACUCACAUCAUUGUGCGCUGCUUUACCUGUAAUUUGGUGCAGGCUAUCUCGACCAAUUUCAGCAACAUCCUAGAGGUCAUGAACAGCAAGAAAUCGCUCACGCAGUCCUCGAAGUUCGAGUCUAUGGGCACUCUUUCUUCCUCGCUUGCAAGUAAGCCCAGCACUUCGUCGACCCUUCACAGCAUAUUCGAUCAGAUCCAAACACCGGCUGCUUCUGGUGGCAACACGCCCGAAGAAAACUCAGAGGGCAUAUAUGCCUCGGGUACAAAAUUGUUGCUCGACCGCAUCACCAUCAAAUUGCACAGGCAGAUGGAGCUGUAUGAGCAGAUUCACCGCGUUUCUUCGUGGAAGGCGCUUGCAAUGUAUUCAUUGAGCAUUCUGCAUUCGGUUGACGCUUCGCAAAUGGGGUUCUACCACUUCGAUAUGCAUAUCAAAGAAGAGGCGGGUGAAGAGAAAGUGGACGAGUAUCUGUGGACGUUUCAAGACGACAAGAUCCAUGAGUAUGUUGAGACCAUCGGGAAGGCUGCCACGCUCGUCAAGGCUUCUGAGGGCGAAAUCUACAUGCUUGAGUGCAGAGGCAAGAAGGAACUAAAGCGGCUUAUCAGCUUAUUCUGAAUAGGGGGCUCGGGCGUAUCAGAUGUACAACCUUAGUUUUUUACAGGGUGCUUAAUUAAUACACGGCCGCACAGUAAUAUCGGA